GAUUCAGGAUGCGAAGAGGGACGUGCACUGAACUAAUUGAUACUCAUACAUACCAGGAAACGUAUAUAAAAUUUUCCUCAUGGCAUUAGGACUGAGUAGACUCCCAUACGUCGCGUGCCACACCAAGCCAGGACCUUUUCUGUUAUUGGAUAGAGGAGGUCUUAAGUCAUGGAGCCCGAUACAUGUCAUCAAGGACAACCUUCAAGGCAUCAGAUCUACAAAUUGAAUUUUGUACGCCAGAUCAGCUGAAGAAAAAGCCAGCUGUAUCAGAUCUAGUGUUUGGACGUCAUUUCACUGACCACAUGCUGGAGAUCUACUGGGAUGAUAAGGCUGGAUGGGGACAACCAAGAAUAACACCAUUCCAUGACCUAAGGCUGCAUCCAGCUGCUAAGGUCCUCCAUUAUGCUGUAGAGUUGUUUGAGGGGAUGAAGGCGUUUCGAGGCCAAGAUGAUGAAAUCAGACUCUUCCGUCCUGACAAAAACAUGGAACGCAUGAAUCGCACAGCUGCGAGAUCUGCUCUCCCAAAUUUUGAUGGAAAUGAAUUGAUUGAAAUACUAAAAAAGCUCAUCAGCAUUGAUCAAGAAUGGGUGCCCCAUGCAGAAUCCUCAAGCUUAUAUAUUAGACCUACUAUGAUAGGUACUGAGCCAACCCUAGGUGUGCAGCGCCCCACCAAUGCUCUGCUGUUUGUUAUCCUGUCGCCUGUUGGACCAUAUUUCUCCAGUGGAUUCAAGCCAGUAUCUCUGUUGGCUGACCCUGAGUUUGUUCGUGCUUGGCCUGGUGGCUGUGGAAUGAUGAAGAUGGGAUCUAAUUAUGGACCCACUUUAGCUAUCCAGAAAAUUGCAGAGGAACGAGGUCUUCAACAAGUAUUGUGGCUUUUUGGGCCUGACCAUAAAAUCACAGAAGUAGGAGCUAUGAACAUAAUGGUCUUCCUUGAUAAGGGAAAUGGAGAAAAGGAGCUAGUGACUCCACCCUUACAUGGGUUAAUCCUUCCUGGAGUUACCAGAGACACUCUCUUAGCGUUAGGAAGACAAUGGGGAGAAUUCACUGUAAGUGAGCGUGACAUUACAAUGGCUGAGGUUGUCCAGGCAGAAAGUGAAGGAAAGCUACUAGAAAUAUUUGGUGCUGGAACUGCAGCUGUUGUAACACCAGUGGGGGAGAUCCACUAUCAGGGAAAAGUUAUAAGGAUGCCCACUUUGAAGCCAGAAGAGUCUCUUGCACAGCGCUUCUUUAAUACUAUCAAACAGAUUCAGUACGGCCAUGUCUCUCAUGAAUGGAGUGUUCCUAUUGAGUGAUGAAUUCAUAUUAAAAAGGUUUAAUCUAUACAAUGCAAAAUUAGAAGUUUGCUAAUAAAAAGAAAAUCAUAGUAAGUACAACAGUUAACUUCUGUAUUGUGUAUCACAAUCAAAAUGUUAAGAAAUGAACAUGUGAUAGGCCUUAUAGUCAGUUAUGACAGCUGUAGAAUCACUUUACUUAAUUAUUUAAGUUCAAGCAAUGACAAAAGAAGCAAAGGUUAGAGUAGUUGACAUAGACAAUCCACUUUGCAUAUGGUUUGGUAAGUAGUUUACAUAUGCUAUGCAAAAGUAGGAUGAGACUCAUUUCAACUUUGUCAGAAUAAAUUUCUUAGUUUAGAGCCUCUGAAAGUACACUUUAUAUAUGUAGGCACAAGCUCUAGAGUAAAUAUAUAUGUGCAGAUAACUGAGGUGUUUUCUAGGCUUUAGUUUACAUAAUUUGAAAUAUAGAAGGCAGCUUCACUUGAGUAAAAAUAGGAACUGCAUUUUAGUAUAAGGUGCGAAUUGUUGAAAAGAAAUCCAGUGCAAUAUUCAGCAUGGUAAUUUUAUUUCAUAUUUUUUUCAUAUAAUAAAUUAGUUUCAAGAAAUUAACUUUUUGCUUUUCUUCGUCUUCUUCUUCUUCAUCUUCUUCUUCUUCUUCUUCUUCUUCUUCUUCUUCUUCUUCUUCUUCUUUUUGCCACAGAUGUCUGUAUGUAUCCGUGCAUGGAUGUGUGUGAUUGCAUAUAUUGUGUUUUGUUUGUAUGCAUGCAGAUUCAGAAUGCAUAUAUCAUUCUGUAGAGAAAGAAGCUCAAAUAUGCUGUGGCCAAAUAUUUUCCAGAAUAUUUGUUGUUCAACUGUUAUUGCAACUGAUAUUUAGGUUUUCUCAAAAUUUAAAAAUAAAACAUGGGAAAAAGCUUCCAUUUAAAACUAUGUUAACUAUUGAUCAUAAUAAGGAAAAAAUAAAUAUUCAAGGACAUGGAUCUGUCAAGAGUAAUAUGUUGUCUUUACUUCAAUGAUUGUUCAGAGAAUCUCAUACCUUCUGCUGGUAUCAGUUAAUUGUACACCAAAGUUGUAUUUUCUCUAAUUUAAAUUAAUAGAGGUAAGAUUAGUAAUUGGAACAAGGGGCAUCAGGGAAGGUGGUUGUGAUAUAGGUACUUGUAGGUGUGACUAAGGAGACUGUUUUCAGGAAAGGGUACAGUCUAGUGGGCGUAUAGAAGGGUUUCUUCAGAAUAUGGGUGAUGAACUUUGGCAUUACUUUAGAAGUAUGGUGAUAAUGAAAAUAUAAUUUGCAAUAUUAUUUUUUUUACUUUAAAAUAAUCAGUAUUUUUUCUACAAAGAUGAGAAAUUAAAUAUAUUUUUUAUUCUUCUUCAUGCACACUGUAUAUUUAGUUAAUUAGUUUUUCUCCAUGAUUUUGGAGUGCAAUUUAUGUUCAUUCUGGCAAAUUCAAACAGUGAGUUAAUUAAAUCAAAAGAUAUAAUAUGUUGUUAUGUUUUAACUUUGGUUGAUAUCAAGAGAUACUCCCUACUGAUAGGUAUUCUGUAUUAAGAAUGCAGUUUGAAGGCAUUUUUAUGAUUUUUUAUGUCAAAAGUAAGAAUAUCAGAUGAAUAUGACACUAAAUGCUGUUAAAAUGUUGUGUCAUUUUAAUUGUGAUAUAAAGCUUGCAAUUUUGAAAUUAGUAAAGCCUGCCUUCCAGUUGAAGAUGUUAUCAUUGUGUAGUAGACUGUGGAAUGGGGAAGGGAGUCGAUGGAAAAUUAUGUGGCAUAUGGUUUAAUAAUUAUGAAUUAACCCAUUGCUACUGGUAAUCACACUAUGCACAUGGAUGGCUCCAGGUGCUGUCAAGUAGCCAGUUAGUAAGCCAACGUGACCUCGUUUCUCUUUUCCUUGAGUUUCUUUUUUUCUAAUGCAAUUGAUAUAGAUGCUGUUAUCAUUAGUAGUAUUGGCAUUAUGAUUAUUAUAAUGCUAUUUGCAAUACUAACAGCAAUAUAAGAAGAAAAAAAUAUUUCCAAAAAUCAAGGAAAGGGAUAAACAGAUGAGAAGUAGGACUAAUAACUGACUCUGUAGUGAUUAAGUGCUCAUGGGGUCAUCUGUGUGUAAAGAAAAUUACUAUACAAAAACCACAGUGUUCAUGGAUAUGUCAUGUAUUUGUGCAAACCCAGAAUCAUUGGGUUAAGAAGGAUUAUUUUCAUGGUGAUGUCAGUGGUAAACUUUUUGCAAAGGGUUUCAUUUUUCACACCAUAAAUAGAGAAGAUUCUCAUAAUCUGCACUGUUAUUUUCAUUCACUUGAAAGUUGUUUUGGAUAUGUAAAAUUUUAUUUGUUUUUGGGUUAUUCUCAUUAAACUUAUUCUGUAAUAUUUUUUGGUUUGCAGUAGAUUACUAAAGGACCAAGUUGAAAAUCUUUAUACUGUGUUGCACAUCAUUUACUUGAGAGAAUGAAGGGGUAUAUAUAUGCAAGUGUGAAUAUAUGCCAUAAUGAAGAAACAUUAAAUUUAUUGUUUUUCCUUGGAUAAUGAAUCCAUAAUUAAUAUAUGUUGUAUACAGUCCUUCAAGUUUUUUUUUUUAGAUUAUAAAAAACAUUUAGUGACAUAUACAAUUUGAAAAAUAAUAAGGUAUUGGCAUAUAUUUUCAUUUAAUGGAAAAGUGUUGUUUAUUCUCAUCAGAUUUGUUGUAGAUAGGAGUACUUAACAUAGUUGUGUAUUUAGUGAUCUCACCCAUAAAAGAAGUUGAUGUACAUGUAUAUAAAUGGAAAUAUUUUUAGAAAUAGUUUUGUAGUGAUAUCUUUUAGGUUUCCUGUAUAUUUCUAUGUUUCUCAUGUGCUACUUUCCAGUCAAAGAGAAUAAUUUAACGUAUACCUGUUUACAGUUUCAAUGAAAUGAGGAUGUAUGUUUUCAUAUAAUUGAUUUGAUAAUAGAAUAUCAUGUCUCCUGUAUUCUCAAUUUUGUCUCAUGAUCUGCCACUAAUAUUGAAAUAAUGGCUUUCGCUAAAUCUGGGUAUUUAGUUGAACAAUUCAAUUUUACUUCAGAAUGUGACUGGUUAAUUACAGAAUAAAAUUAAAGUCGGCACUACAAAUAAACAAUUAUUUAGGAAGUGAGACAGAUAUGAUGAUAAAAUCAUACUGUUCAUAUUGUCAAUCUAACUUAUGAUAAACCAGUAUAUCGGUAAUUUAGGGUACCAGUCAGUGUCCCAGUUAUAAUUAUUUCCACCUUUAAAAAAUUGCCUUUUAUAAGAGAGAAUGGAAAAUCAAAUAUGAUUUACCACUGCAACAAUGGCAUCCUUCAUAUGUUAGUUGACAAGUGAACAAGCAUUACAAAUUUUAAUUAUUAUUGUUUAAAAAGUUGCUUGCAGUCAUGUAAAUACAAUAAACUAUAAAAUAAA